AUGACGUCAUAUUACAAUUUUAAACGUAUUACAGUCGUUCCAUCGGCAUCUGAGCUCAAAAAUGUCGUCCUUUCGAAAACUCAACGUAAGACACCAACUGUCGUUCAUCGCCAAUACGCAAUUGGCAGAAUUCGAGCUUUUUAUGCGAGAAAAAUUAAAUUCCUUCAACAAACUCUUCAUGAUAAAUUGACUCAAAUUAUCAACGAGUUUCCCAAAAUGGAGGAAAUUCAUCCUUUUUAUUCCGAUUUAAUGAACAUCCUUUACGAUCGUGAUCAUUUUAAAAUUGCUCUAGGACAAAUGAACACCGCUCGACAUUUGAUUGAUGGAAUUGCACGCGAGUAUGUCCGGCUUAUGAAGUAUAGUGAUUCACUUUAUCGAUGUAAAAUGCUUAAAAGAGCUGCUCUUGGAAGAAUGGUGAAACUCCUUAAAAGAAACAAGAGCAGUUUUGAGUAUUUGGAACAAGUUCGCCAACAUUUGUCACGUCUUCCGAGUAUCGAUCCUGGUACCAGGACGCUGAUCCUUUGUGGAUUUCCAAAUGUAGGAAAAUCAUCAUUUAUCAAUAACGUUACUCGUGCUGACGUUGAAGUACAACCAUACGCUUUCACAACGAAAGCUCUAUAUGUUGGUCAUUUGGACUAUCGUUUCUUAAGAUGGCAGGUCAUUGACACUCCUGGAAUUCUUGAUCAACCAUUGGAAGACAGGAAUACAAUUGAAAUGCAGGCAGUUACAGCUUUGGCACAUUUAAAGGCUUCUGUCUUGUUCAUGAUGGAUGUUUCUGAGCAAUGUGAUCGUACAAUUGAAGAGCAAGUUCAUCUUUUUCAAUCGAUUCGACCACUCUUCACUAACAAACCUGUUCUUAUUGGAUUGAACAAGGUUGACAUCAGACAUCGCUCUGAUUUACCACCAGAGAAAGCUGCCAUUCUUGAUCAGCUUGAAAAUGAGGGUGUGCCAAUUGUUGAAACCUCAACUCUUACUAAGGAAGGAGUGAUGACCCUUAGAGAUCGUGCCUGCGAUGAGCUCUUGGCCCAACGAGUUGAAGCAAAGCUUCAAGCGAAAAAAGUUACGUCAGUGGAGGAUACUGUUCUCAAUCGCGUCUUCGUUGCUUAUCCAACACCCAGAGACGAUAAAGUUCGCGCUCCAUAUAUUCCUCCUGCAGUUGCCCAAAAGAAAGCUGCCAAAAAAAUUUCUAACGAAAAUUCUAUGGAUGUAGAUGAAGGCAACAUAAAUCCAAACAAUGCCGAAUUUAGAGAUGAAAAUACCCGCCGCCUUGAGCGGGAACUAGAGCUGGAAAUGCAGGAUGAUUACAUACUUGAUUUAAAGAAACACUAUCUUCUUAAAAACCCGGAAGAGAAGUAUGAUGUUGUUCCUGAAAUUUGGGAAGGUCACAAUUUAGCUGAUUUUGUAGACCCCGAAAUUCAAAAGAAACUCGAAGAUUUGAUGAAAGAAGAAGAAUUGUUACAAAUAGCUGGUGAAUAUGAUUCCGACUUGGACAGCGAUGAUGAAGAAACGACCGAAAAAAUGAAACUCGCGUUACAGAUAAGGGAAAAGGAGAAAUUGCUCACUUUGGAAACGCAAGUUAAUAAGAGAAUCGCGGGGCGUGUUGGAAGCAGAGUUCACACUAGAAAGCGGGAAAGAUCCAUGACUCGAUUGGAGAACGAAUUAAGUGAUUUGGGAGUUGAUAUUGAUACCAAAAAAAUGAAAAAUCUUCAAGGGCAAUGCGCCAGACCACAACUUGGAAAGAAAAUGAAAGUUGGUCGAUCACGAAGUCUCAGUGCUGUUCGUCCUGCACCAAGGGAUGAAAUUGCAAUUCCUGAUGAAAAGGCACGAAUGCAUGCGAAUAAAUUGCGUUCCAAAGCAAUGAAGAACUUACGACGAGACGCAAAGAAAGGAGAAGCCGAUCGGCAUGUCUACGACCUCAAACCCAAGCAUCUGUUUACUGGAAAACGUGGGUCAGGAAAAACCGAUUGGCGUUAA